AUGAAAGACCGCCUGGCGUGCCCGGCGCGCCGCUGCGCCUCCUCUGAAUCUCCUUCGUCUUCUGCGCCUUCUUCAGAUCUGGACGGCGAAGGCGAGCGAGGCCCCCUGGCCGCCUCCGGAACAGAGAGGGCGUCGCCCUUCUGCGAAGGAGGCCAAGCGCCUCGCAACGUGCAGAUGCGUGAGCACAAUGCCGUCGGCGUCCUGCGGGAGGAACCUCUGCGGAUGUCCGCUAGGCUCUUCUUGAGACAAUGCUUCUACGUGUUGACCUUCGAGUUGUCCGCGGCGGCCUCUCCGGCGGGCACGUGCGAGCUGUCGGUGGCGGCGCGGAAUGAGGCCGAGGGCGCGGCCUACGUGGGGAGUUUUCCGCGGGCGUUUGUGGAGGAGAUGACACGGCGGACCGGUCGCGGCGCGUCGAUGGAGGCCUUCUGGGGCCUCCUGCGGCGCGCUGUGCGCCACCGGGCUGGCAGGGCAGACUCCCGCGCCGAGGGCGAGCCAGACACCGCCUCCGCGGCUACCGGCGAUGCAGAGCUGGACGAAGUGACUCUCAAUCUGUGGGACGGCACGGACUUGGAGGCCCUACGCCGCUCAGCUGGCGGGCCCGCGAAGCGGCCUUCUCUCUCCGACGCCGGCGGCAAGCACUUUCUGAUUGUGACGCACCGCGUCGGCGCCCGCCGCGUACACUAUCCCCUGGCGCUCCUCAGGCAGGGACGCAAAGCUGAGCGGGCGCCGGCGCCCGCGCAGGAUGUGCGAAGAGAGGGCGAGAACGCCGUCUUGGCAACGGCGUGCGAGGCUGAAGCCGGCGCUGUCCCCUCCGGCGCAGGCCUCGACGCGCACCGCGUGGCGUCCGCUUCCGCGGCCGGCUGGCCUUCUUCGCCCUCGCGAGGUUUCUCGGCCGCCCGCCUUGCAUCGCCGCCGGGCUCCGCCCUCGUCUCAGCUGUCGAGCUCUCCUCUGCGCGGUCAGCCACCACGCCGCGGCGCGCUGCGUCCCUGCGGCGACCAGGCGAGCCGCAGCUCGAGGGCGAAGAGCCGCUCAGAGACGCGGGGAAGGCUCUCCAGCGAGCAGCAGCCGGCCGCGACGCAGGCUGCAGAGACGAGUCGCACAGCAGGGCGCUCUCUCGACGCGAGUCUCGGCGGCCGUCGCUCGCCUCCACGCAAGAAGCUCCUGUCGAGCAGUCUGACGGAACACUUGAGGCGCGUCGCCUCGCGACCCGGCUGCAGCACGUGGAGACCGAGCUUCUCGUGACCGCGCGACAGCUCGACGCGGAGAGGCACCUGCGCGCACGCGAAGCCGCGCGGCUGAGAAACGAGCUGGAGAAGGCAAGGCACACAGAGACUGCGCUGCGAAACCGAAUUCGAGAGUUGGAAGCGACCCUCCGGCUAACCUCGUUUAGGUCUUCGCGCUCUCCAAGUACCUUGUCUCUGCUUCCGCCGACGACCCGACCGUCGCCCUCCCUCACCUCUUCGCGUGUCUCUUCGGCAAGUUCGUCCCGGCGCGGAAGCGCCGCGACCGCGGUCGGUGUCUGCGCCGCGGGCGCGCGGGGGGCAGCUAGCCCGCUGUCAGGGCUCGCCGGCUCCGGCACCUCAAUCCGGCGGGUGUUUUCUCAUGAGCAUCCAAGUCUCCGCCAAACGGCUUCCUCUCCGCGCGCGUCUUCGCCGUUUUCGUCUUUUUCGCGAUCCUCCCCCCGCUUCCUAGGAACUGCCGCCCUCGGCGGUGUACGUACACUCAACGGCAUCCCCGUGCGGUACGUGCGACGCGGCGGCGGCGCCCUCGUGCCCGUACCAAUCGACGAUUCCUCUUCUGACUGUCUCCUCGCUCCCGGGGGGAGAGGAAGACGCAGAAGCGCCUCCAGUGCUUCUCUCGAGACCUUCUACAGGCGAGACGACACGACCCGCGGCAGGGCUCGAAGCCGGUCUGCGUCUCUGGACGGCGGGAGUGCGAGGCCGAAGGCAAGCAGCGCUGGCGGCCGCGUGCCUCUAAGUCGCUCCUCAUCGGCGCGCGGCCUCGGCGCUUUCGGGGCGAAUCCGCCUCGCGCGGGGUUCAGGUCGUCGUCGCCCAUGUCGCUCUUGUCCUCCUCUUCAACAUCUUCGCUACGGCCUUCCAUCCCGCCGCGCGGAGGGCAGCCGGCGGCACGCUCGGCCGCGCGGCAGGGCAGCCUCCGUUCGCCGUCGCGGGAGUUGUCUUCUUCCGCUCCUCGACAACAUCUUCGCGGCCACGCAGGCAAGGCAGCUCCGCUGCCGCCGUGCAACGCGUGGAGCGAGCGGGAGCGGUUUCUCUACGGGACGGAUCCCCGCGACGAGGUGCGUGCGGGCCUGGGGACCCGCCAGCAGCUCCUCAGGGGCGUGGACUGCUCUGUGAAUGGCCCCGCGGGGGGCUUCGAAGGAAGACGUCUUUCUUCCGCUGCGAGGCAUCCGUCCUCGUCGGCGGUGGGCUCGAGAGGCGCGUCCUCUUGGGCUUCUGUUUCGGCGGCGCAGAGCCUCAGCCGAGAUGCGACGCCCCCGGCAGACGCCGACGCCUACGGCGACGAGGAAGGAAGUCGUUUUUCUGGCCCUGGGUUCUCUCGAGUGGAGGGUGUCGGCGGAGACUCUCACCUUCGUCAGUGGCUUCGCGGGCCUGCGCCUGGAGAGGCAGAGCCCGCAGCGCAAGACCGAGCAGACCGCGAAGCCAGUUCCUACGUCAUGGUUCCUGUAGUGGAGUUGAGGCGGCUGCUGCAAGGCAACCCGCAGACGCACGAGCCCAGACGUCGCGAGCCCCACGACCCCUACUCGUGCACUCCCGUCGAGAAAUGGGGGGACGGGCCUGCGGUGCGGCAUCCAGACCGUGGCGAAGCGCACAGCACCUCGGAGCGAGGGGGAAGCGCAGACUGGGUUUCCUCAGCUCGGCUAGGGUUUGGAGAAAGCAGUCCUCGUCCCGCCGCAGCGUCCGAUGCAAAUGUAUACAGCGCGCCUCUUGCUGGAUCAUGCGAGGAAAGCAACAAAGGCACAGAUGUCGGGCAGCAGGCAUCACAGGAGGCCGUGGCGCUGCGCGAGGGAACUGGGGGAGUAAAGUGGCUAUCUGAGGGCUUUGUGCAGUUUGAGAGGGAGUCUCAAAAAGCGAGGGCGUUCCUUCCUCAUCUCCUAGACCCAGACCGACAGGAAAGUGGCGCUGGAGGCGUGUCCCAUGCGAGGCACGAGAUCACAAGAAAGCCAGACAUGAAUCUACACGCGAGAGACUUGGAGGAACGGACCUCGGCGGGAGUGGGAGACGGUUCCACACAGCAAGACAAGGCAGAUGCGCCUCGAUCAGGUCGCGAUUCGGAGCUCGCUCUCGAGAAUGAUGUGCCUGGGUGCGCGGAAGGGGCCGCGGCGACGCAGACGGGAAAUGAACGCAAACGUGUAGAAGCAAUAUGUAGUUUCCCACCUUUUCCGAAAAAGGGGGAUGAGGGAGGCGCGAGCGCGAGCCCUUACUCCGAGAUCGAUAGAAGGCUUUCGGCCCUGCAGGACUUCCUCAAGUCCACGAGGCAGACCUUCAAGAUGCUGGAACGAGGCGAAAGCAUUGCACUCUAG